AUGUCGACACCAGAUAUCGCCAACCAGGACAACAAACUGGAAGAAUUCAAGGAUGAUACCACCACUGUACCCUCGCCUCCAGACUUUACAGCCGCAAACUCGACAUUAGGCUUCCAAGCCAUCCUCGCCCUCUCUCAAGGAACACCCUGGCGCGUCAACGGCCUCCACGCCGCAGCAAAAGUCUCGGGCAUCACCGUCACCGUACCCCAACAACCAAAGUGGAGCGAUCCCUUCAUCAAAGCCUUUCAAGAAUUCGGUCCCAUCGAAGCCCACGGCGCAGCAAUGGCAUGGCUAGGCCACCUGGACCUCUUGAAAUUCGUGAUUCAACACAACUGGGGCUCUGCUCUCAUCUUGGAGGAUGACAUGGAUUGGGAUGUUGAGAUUCGCAAACAAAUGCCACCGAUUGCAAAGGCGGUCAAAGAGUUGACAAAGGCGAAAAAGGGGGAUCAAGGGCCGUAUGGAAGUAAUUGGGAUGUGCUGUGGUUGGGCCACUGUAGUGAUCCUCCCCCCUUCCCGAAAGAAGGCAAGAUCAUUACAUUCGCAGACAACACCACAGCGCCAGUGGACAAAUACCGCGGUCUCAAUCCCCGGCUCAAGGAUGUGGUCAAGGAUAACCAACGCAUCGUCCACUACUCCAUCAACCCCGUCUGCACCUUCGCCUACGCCGUCUCUCAUGCCGGCGCGCGCAACUUGCUCGCCCACGCUUCCCUAGGCAAAGGCGGUGCUUUUGACUUGAUGCUCAUGCAUGCUUGUCAGGACAAAGUGCUCAAGUGCGUUUCCGUCAACCCAGAGGUCUUUGAUCCGUAUUUCCCGGCUGAGGGUGGUGCGAGUGAAGUCAGAGCUGGAGAUGCAGGAGUGGACUUUGAUCAUGAGGUGGGAAAGGCAAUGGGACAUACGGAUAAUACGGCGAGGAGCGCGAGGUGUUUUGCGCAGUUUGGUACGACGUGCUUGGAGUAG